AUGGGAUACACGGAGGCCGGUCAGAAAAUUAAUGCUUAUAUGUUGGCCGGAAUCACCGUAAUCUUGUGUGUAAUAUUACACUUUAUUUACAAGACCAUCUUCGGGAAUAAGAAAAGCGAAGUACAAAAUCAUGAAGCGGAGAGCGUAACAGAAACAUCCGCCGAUGCAGUACCUAACUCCGCUGUCUCCGAGUCUCGGGCUAACGUUAAAAGUAAGAAACGAACAACAUGGAAAGGAAAAACGGAAUUCAGCCACCCUUGGCUGUUAAAGAGUCUCAAGGGGCACCCCGGAACUGUUCUUCUUAUGGAUUUCUCUGCUAAUGGAAAAUUCAUGGCCGCUACCUGUGACGGUGAGUUUUACCAAAGUUACUAUUGGGUGGUGGGCUAU